AUGAGUGUCACUUUGCAUCCCGCUUCCCACACCACAUUUCAUGACUUGAUUGCAAUGGAAGAAGAAAUUGAGGAUUUGUUGAUGGAAGAGGAGGAAAUAUUAAGUGAAACCCAAACCUCCAAGUUUGAAAACCCGGAAGAUGCGGUUAAGAAGAAGAAUGAGAUCAAAGAGAUUUUAAAGAAGUUUUAUGAAGAAUAUGCCAUGCCACCACCACCACCACCACCUACUCAAAGUAGUAGUUAUUGUUCUAGUGAUACUACUACAAUGAGUACAAGUAGUAGCCGAGGGGGAAAGAAACGAAGGCAAAUGACCGAAAAUUGGAGAAAAGAGACUCGAGCAAAUGAUGUUGUGGUAUUGAAGCAUGAGAUUGAUAGGUACAUCACCGACCCUAUUGAAGAUGUGGUUGAUGAAUUUGAUGUUUUGAAGUGGUGGAAAUUGAAUGGGGUUAAGUAUCCGGGGUUGGCACUUAUUGCAAAGGAUGUGCUUGCCAUCCCGGUAUCAACGGUGGCUUCGGAAUCAUGCUUUAGCACGGGUGGUCGGGUAGUUAAUUCAUUUCGUGCUUCUUUGACUCCUAAGAUUGUGGAGGCCUUAAUUUGUUCUCAAAAUUGGUUAAGGUCGGAUGACAUUUCCUCUUUACAAUAUGAGCCAACAAUUCAAGAGAUGGAGUUCUAUGAAUCGAUUGAAUUAGAUAUUAUAAGUUCAUCCACACCUAGCACCAUAGCUCCAACUAUUUUUCAAUGUUAG